UUUAUUGCAGCAGGCAAUGCUCAGUUCGCCACUGACGGCUUCCUUUUUCCUCCACCGGAAAGGAGAACGGGGCUCCCAAUUCUCUCCUCCUCCUCCUUCCAUCGGAAUUUUCAAGAACCAACCGACUGUGACGAAGGAAUCCCGGAUUGGACUGCCACAGGGCAAAGGAAGAUGUCGUUCGACCUCAUGCUGAAGCCGUCUUGCGGCGGGUGUGGGGCCACCACCGAUCUGUAUGGGAGCAACUGCAAGCACAUGACGCUCUGCUCCUCCUGCGGCAAAAAUAUGGCCGAGAAUCGGAGCAAGUGUUUUGAAUGUGGCACCACCCUCACUCGUCUCAUUCGGGAGUACAAUGUCCGAGCGGGUCCUGGCAGCGAUAAGAACUACUUCAUCGGCAGAUUUGUCAGUGGGCUGCCGAACUUCUCGAAGAAGAAAAGCGCAGAGAAUAAAUGGUCUGCCCACAAGGAAGGCUUGCAGGGUCGUCAACUGACUGAUACUUUGCGGGAGAAGUAUAAGAAUAAACCUUGGCUCCUGGAGGAUGAGACGGGGCAGUCUCAGUACCAUGGACAUCUUGAAGGUUCACAGUCAGCGACUUACUACCUUCUGAUGCUUCAAGGAAAAGAAUUUGUGGCUAUUCCUGCUGGCUCAUGGUACAACUUUAACAAGGUUGCACAGUAUAAGCAGUUGACAUUGGAGGAAGCAGAAGAGAAGAUGAAGAAUAGGAAGAAAACUGCAGAUGGUUAUCAGAGGUGGAUGAUGAAAGCUGCAAAUAAUGGAGCCGCUGCAUUUGGCGAGGUGGAGAAAUUUGAUGAUAAAGAAAGUGCUGGCGGCGGCGGUGGUGGGAGAGGACGUAAAAAAGCAAGUGCUGAUGAUGAUGAAGGUCGUGCCUCAGAUAAGGGAGAGGAAGAUGAAGAAGAAGAAGCCGCAAGAAAGAGUAGGCUUGGUCUUAAUAAAAGAGAUGCAGAUGAUGAUGAUGAAGGUCCAAGGGGUGGUGAUCUAGACAUGGAUGAUGAUGAUAUUGAGAAAGGUGAUGACUGGGAGCAUGAAGAAAUUUUCACGGAUGAUGAUGAGGCUGUUGGAAAUGAUCCUGAGGAACGAGAAGAUUUGGCCCCUGAGGCGGCUCCUCCAGAAAUCAAGGAUGACGAUGAGGAGGAUGAAGCUAAUGAAGAGGAAGGAGGACUGAGUAAAUCUGGAAAGGAGUUGAAGAAGCUGCUUGGCAAAGCUGCUGGGCUUAAUGAAUCCGACCAGGAUGAUGACGACGACGACGAUGAUAUGGAAGAUGAGGUUGGGAUGUCUCCUGUUCUGGCACCUAAGCAGAAGGACAUACUCAAAGAGGAACCCAUAGAAGACAGUCCUGUAAAAAAGCCUACACCUACGGGUACCACUAAGGGAGUCUCACCUGCUUCAAAGGCAUCGAAGGCGAAGAGGAAAUUGAACAGUGAUGAGACGAAGGGGCCAAACGGUGCCCCUUCGAAGAAGGUGAAGGCUGAAUCAGAGCAGAAAUCAUCCGUGAAAGAAGAGAGCGCGGCCCCAUCAAAAAGCAGUGGACCUGCCAAAAGUACGCCUUCAGACUCGAAGACAGCAUCAACAGCACCUGCCGGGCCCGUUUCAGAGGCUGAGUUGAGGGCCUUUUUACUGCAAAAAUCACCAAUUACUACACAGGAUCUUGUUGCUAAGUUCAGAGACAAACUCAAAAAUCGUGAGGACAAGGAUGCGUUUGCAGAAAUACUGAGGAGAAUUUCAAAGAUACAGAAGACAAACGGAUCCAGCUAUGUGGUUUUGAGAGAAAAGUGAGGAUUAUGUACGAUAUAUAUAUAUAUAUAUAUAUAUUUGGAUAAGUGAUGCACGAUAUUUUCGAGAAACUUGCGUCAACUAACCGUGUUGGAGUAUCUAUUUCCCAUGAGGGCAUUUGUCUUUUCUGUGGGACGAUGCUUCUUGUAUAGAUGAGAAGCUUUACAGCUUGGGAAAAUCUUUAAAUAGCAAUAAACAAGGAGAUAGCAUCUUGGGAGAUCGGAUCCGGGGCGGAGCGUCGCUCAUGUGCUUUUGUAGUUCACUGUUGAAGUCUUAACAAGAGGGUCAACAAUCAGUGGCUGGAUCAAAAUGAACUUUGAUCGUGUGAUUGGACAGGAUGAACUUUGGCAAGCUCUAUAUACAUAUAUUGGUGUUAUUCCUGCUGGUUGA